CUCCAGGUCAAGUUCUAACCUUUAUGUUAUUAUCCAGAAACAAAAAGCGUUAGUGUCUAGACAAUGUCAGUGCGGAAAAUACAAACCCCCGCUCCAUCGACCGAUAUUUCUCAAAUAUUUCAUACGAAAUCAUUGAAAAUGAUGUAUCGAUCGUAUACAACGAGAUGUCAGUGACUGAUUCAGUGAAUUGUUCAUUGAAUUCUUUUAAAUUCAAUUAUCUCUGACACAAAUUUGUACAUUUAAUAGUUCGAGGUACAAUUUUAUUUCGCAGUUGAAUCCUUCAGAAGGUCGUGUGCUAAUUCGUAAUAAUGUGACUGCGAACCAAAUGAUCGUCUUGAGUUGUGUCGUACACCUGUUACUUAUUUAUCCGCCGAUUAAUUGUUAAAAAAAUAUGGAGAAGACCAAGUCACGUCAAAAACGAAAGAAGAAUCACGGUAGAUCGUUCUACCUAGAUCACCAAAUCCCCGAUGCCCCGACGAUGGAGGAGUUUGAAUGCCUCCUGGGGGAGUCCCCGACGAAUUAUCCACGAGUAGAAGGCGUGGAAAAUAUGGAGAGCGAACUACACUCAGCAGCCAUCGACACAGAGUCCCUGGAGAAGCUUGAUCCACAUCCUGCGUCCUCGCCACCUCCACAAGAACCUCAAGAGGCCGAUGAAGUGGAUUCAGUGCCGUCAGCAUCAGCUCCAGUAGAAGACACGACAGAAGGAGUGAAGGAGAUCCAAGACCUCGUGUCCUCUGUGAAACUCUCAGACGUCCCAACGGCCCCAAACCUCGAAGAAACCCAGAUGAUGACUUCAUCCAUUCCCAGGAUCGUUGCACCUUCUCCCAAAACCUCUGCCUCGCCCUCUGAAAAGGUUCACUCUCCUCCAAGGACAGUAGUAUCUCAGAAAACGACGACCACUCCUUUCACAGACACUCAACUCGCCUCACUCUACACAAAUCCUGAGCUCUCCCUCGUUGAUUCCUUCAUAACCGAAUUCGUGGAGACACAAUUGCGGUCCAGCGCAGUUAGACAACAGCACCGCCUCCACGAGUUACUCAUGUCAUACCUCAGAGUCCGUAAUCACCUGAUCCUCAACUCACACGAGCUAGAGCUCCUCAAGAAAAACUGUAAAGAAGUGCAAAAGCAGCUCUGGCACCUGGACAAAGCCUCGAUUACCGAAUCCGGUGAAUGUCAGGAUGGCAAUCCAGUAUCAGCAUCUCAUGAGUACUCAAUAGCUCAUUUCAAUCAGCAAGCACUGACCUCACUCACCAAGAACCUCUCUGCCAUCAAGGAACUGCUGCACAAUGCUCAAGCUCUCUACUCGUACGAAGCAGAAAUGCUUAAACUCCAGAUCGAGCACUACGUUCAGAGGGUCUGCAUGUCCUGUAAGGAACUAGCAACACUACCUCAGAACGCACCGAUCAAUCUAACUGCCAUCCAGAUGCCUUCACAAACGAUGCCACAACUCCUGGAGCUCAGAAUGUGUGUUACCAUUCUCUUCAACUUCCAGAGGAGAGUCUUGAAGGACGGAAAAUUCGUCCUGGACACCAGAGAAUGGCUAUCACGACUUAUAGCUAUUCUCCUGAGAGUGGCCACGUGGCAGGACCACUUGUUCAUCCUGAAUCACAUAUUAAGGUGCCCUGGGGGCGUCACGAAUUGGGCAGCUGGUCUUGUUCAGGCACCAGCACCUCCCAAGAACAGAAGCCUCAGUACUUCUGUUCUGAAUGAUCCUCAUUUGGAUCACAUGAUUGCAACACUUGCUGUCAUUCUGCUACCAAUCAAGGAGAGGGAGAAGUUCCUAGAGCAAGUGCAGAUCUCCCUUCAGGACACUGGCAGCAAUCCUGGUGACACUGUCUGGGUGAUGCUGGAUGAGGAAGGUGAGGAGGAUGAAGAUAUCGCUAAUACUGGAGCCAAUUUGUGGGAGAGCGAUUUGAUAACUCUUAUCAAUCAAAUCCCGAUGGACAAAUUAUUCGAACAAGUCCUGCUGAUCGAGAAGGUAGAGGAGGGCUAUCAUCAGGACGCCAGGGGCAUCACCGAACACCACAUGCUGAAGGUCUUUGCGUUUUUUACGGUUGUUGUGAGACUUUUCAAGCAGGGACUCAGGACUUAUGACUCUCCCAGGUACAGACAGCUUGCAAAGAGGCUUUCUGCACUUAUUAGAGAUGUUGUACAAUACACAAGUGACCAGUGGGAGGCCUUCGACAAGAGUCCAAUCUCAGAUCAAUCCAUAAUUGCCAGACUCCAGACUGAGUACGAUUGCUUCUUCCUGAGAGCAACUAUGUGCAUUUUCUCGUCGAGGAGGCUCGGUGCUUGGCAGUACCUCGCAGCCAUUCCCUACCAGAACAUCUCUAUUCACACUCUCUGGUACAUUUUCUACGCUCUUCACAAAGAUACUGUCUCCAUGGAUCCUGUGCCUGACGAUGUCAGUCAUCUUGAAUGGGAGACUGAGCUGAAUUCACCGCCGAUCAGAAAGCAAUUCGAGGAGAAGCUCAUUGACAUGCCUGGGGACGAGUCUUAUUUCCUCUUGACAACCUUCGCCAAUAUGGCGAUGGCCAGAGGAGUGCAGGACUACGACUUCAUCCGAGCCACGACAAUAGAUCUUUUUGAGAUCGGUUUUCUUAGUGAAAAGACUCAGGAGUCGUGCUCAAAGGACGCCAGAUCUUUAUUAUCUAACUUGACCAGCAAACAUCCCUCAUUACUCUCUGAUAUUCUCUUCAAGUUGAAAGACAACUUUGGAGCCGUCGGCAAACUGAGUCUCUACUUGUUCACAGAAUUGAGUAUCAGCAAGUGGAUUCCCAGAAAUGAGGACAUCGGAGUUCUUGCCAAUUGGCUGCACAAUUUUUCUCUGUCAUCUACAGAGAGUCAUCUAGCUCGUUUGAUUCUCAAUCAUUUGAACUGGGGGCUUGAUGAUAAUGGAGAUCUAUAUCUUCCCCUCCAUCUGCAUUACACAGUAGCUCUUCUGGUAGUCGAGUUGACGAUUAAAUACGUCCCAAACACGAGUCAGAAUGCCUCGAUCAUCUCUGAGGGUGUGAAGCAGGUCUCCUCGAUUGUGAGACCCCAGAACACCGAGCAAGCAUUUUCCCUCUGGGCUUGGGACAUGGUGGCGAGAUUGAGGCUCCAUCAGCUUGACCAGUCUAACACUGUCUGCAGAAAUUCUAUGGUAAAUCCUGCUGAGGCGUUUGCCCAUGUCCCAGAUGUCAGUGUUCAUUCUGCUAUGGAAGUUCUGAGAGGUGGAAUAGUGGACACUCAACCCAUUGCACAUUAUGUCGCGACUGUCAUGACCAUGAAUGGACACUCAGUGCCACUCGUCUGUACCUAUGGUUUCGUUAGCCUCUGUGUGCUCACGUGCUAUGAUAAAUACGAGCACACACUCAUCGCACUGCACCACAUAGUGCCACUAUUUAUCAACUGCUCUGAGUCGCUGAUAAAAAAUGGAAUGUUUGGGUGUGUCAUCCACUGGCUAAUUGCUGCGGACAGGUCCUACGUGAAGAUGGCCAAGAAUUUAAUUGCUCCGGAGUUUCCAGGACCCACGAUCAAGUACUUUGGGAAUAUGCUGGAAAGUCAUUUGGUUAAUUAUGAAAGAUACGCUCUGCAAUCCCCUGAACCCUUCGUUAGACUCUGGCUGGAGAUUCUGGUGGGAGUACCUGAUUGGAACAGAGAUCAGAACGUCAUGUAUCUCAUGGAUAUUAUCAUUCGAGCUGCGUUUUUUCAUCCUCUCUCCCGAGCGACCGCCGAAGCUAUUUUUGAAAAGCUCUACCUGCUCACCUCCGAGGGAAAUACCGAGAAUCUAGGAACAGGCAAGUCGUCAGGUUCUAUCAGUUCCUUCUUGAGCUGGGCAACAGGGUCAGGGAAUUCCCCAAGUUUGUUAGGUGGUACAACACAAUCGGUUUGGCUGGCCUAUCUGGUCCUCACAGUGGAGCAACAGGAGAAAGAGCUCAAAUCCGGCCUCUGGUGGGAAUUUCGUCGAGAGCUGUGUCAUCAGUCAAAACCUUCCCUGGAUGCAGCCUUGAAACGUGCCUGUGUUAAACGAAAAAUCCCUCCCUUCAGCUCGAAUUGCCUCGCAGUUUACCGCUGGUCUCAGCAGGCCUUGGACACACCGAUGAAUCAUCCCCUGCUACCACUCCUCUGGCAGAACUUCUUCGCACUCUUUCUGUCGAGGGUUCCAACAUCCCCAGGUAUACCAGACCGAGGUGGUCUGGGAGAUAAAUUUUUCGAGGGAAUGAUCAAUCUCAGUUACUUGAAGAGAGUGAAGAAACGACUGCACGACACAACUGAAUAUUUCCAAAGUAGAGGGGAGCAGGACAUGGACGAUGGUAAACCCAUGACCGAUGACAGGAGAAUUUUUUAUUUUAGUGCAGCCAAAUACUACAAGACCCUGAGCCUCUGGCUGGAGGAGCCCAGAUUGCAAGAGACUGGGCUCUAUCUCCCAGCACUUCCACCUCAGUACAUGUCCCAGAAGCUGAUCCUGCUGAUUCAGGAUGAUUGGACUCCCUGGUUGGAGUACGUUGACUACUGGCAGGUGCGUCAAGCUCAGUCGAAAUCGCUGUCCGAGUGGGAGAGAAUUUGUUCAAGAGGCGUUGACGAAGCACAAACCAAAAUAGUGCAGACUCCAACAUCUCCCCUGGAGCCUGCUGACCCCAUAAUGAGGAUCUUCAGGAGACUGAGGAGUUACGAGGCUGUAGAGUCACCUCCAGGGCUCAGCAAGCAUUUCAGUGUGGUGGAGCACGUGGCCCGAGAGACUCUCUAUGAAUCUGCUGAAGUCAUCAAGGCUGCUAAGCCCCAUCUCAAGGUCAUCACUGAUUAUGCACAGACGUAUAAUCUUAUGGUGUCUGAGCACACGGCAGUGGAUUGUAUUUUUUUGGAGCUCAUUCCCACGUUGUACAGAGAAGUGGAGAGCAGAGUAACGCUUCACGCACUCUGUGAUCCAGCACCAGCGGGACCGCGACGAUUACGAUCAGGCACUCCACCAACAGUCCACUGCGCUGGUCCUGCUGUGAUAAGAAUCAAAAUAUCCGAGGCUAAAGUGAGUGAAGGUAUCGACCAGAUGAUCUCCCAAAAUCGCGCUGAGUACGAAAAUCUCCUGGUGAAGGCAUCACAGCCGCCACCAACGAAAGUCACCCAGGGUUGCGUCUUCGCAGAUCACCUGAUAGGUCUCCUAGAGCACGAGUUAAACGUCCAUCGCACAUGCGAAAACACUGCCACAUUGCGUAAAGUCCAGACCAGCGGAGUUACUCUGUUCUACCACCUGGUGGAAUUCUACAACGAAGAAGCUGCCUUGUGCCCACCCACUAAGCAACUCAUCACUACGUGCAUCGAGAAAUUAGGACAGCUGUUUAUCUCUGGAGAGGAGGCAGAAGGUCCACGAUUACUCAGUACCAUCAUGGAAAGGCCCAACCUGGGAGGUCUUCUUGGGCCUCAUUUCACACCUGUCGCAGGUGGAGCCUCAACUUUUCUCCAGAUGUAUCAGACUGUUGUAGAUCUCUCCACAGGCUCCAAUGUCGAUCUGUGCUUCGUUCUCCUGUCGAAGUUCGAUGUGGGUAGUUGGCUGAAUUACCGCAGACCGAGACUUAGUGAACGAUCUAUGUUUAUUGAUCUUGUCUCCAAAGCCCUCUGUAAUAUUGGGCUCAAUCCAGAGGAUCACAAACUCAUUCUACAUGAGUUAUUCAGGAAUCACCUGAGACUCGUUCUUCUUCAUGAGUUCCCAGAGCAUUAUGGAGAGGUGUUGAGUGCUGUCUUGAGAGGCAGCGAGGGGCAGAAUUUGUCUCUGGAUGUGUGGAGAGAUCUCCUGGGGGCUCUCAGUGGAAGGCCCAAAGGGGCUGGGGUCAUUCAUCCGAGUAAAAUCAGGGAGGAGAUCAGGAGAUACGCGACUGAGCAGAGGCUCCUGUCCAGACAGGAGAUUCAUGAUACCGCUGUGCUGUUGAGUAAACACUUCAUGAAGGAACGACUACAGUAUGGAUUGUAUGGACUCUAUCCCAAGUACGGGGUUUACAAUGAGCCUCUGGUGCUGUUCCUGGGGAUGAUUGGACAUGCUUUGGUUGUGCUGACACUUCAGUUUGACAGGGGAUCACUUGCUGAUCAGCUUUGUGAGAAGAUUUGGCCGGUGCUCAGUGACAUGUUUGCACCCUGGAUGACACCUUAUUGGACCAGGAAUCUCAGGGAACCCACUGCUGCCUGGAUUCAACAGCUCACUGAUGACAGAUCUGUUCUUGUACCCUGGAUCAUCACUGAUGGACCUCAUGCCAAUAGAACUGUCGCCAUGUUCGUUGAGUGUGUCAGGUUUAUCAUUGAUACUAUGCCAGCCUCCAGCAAAAUCUUGGGAUUCCUUUGGCAGUUCUAUGUCAAUAAUUAUGCACAUGCCUCAGUCAAAGAUCACAUCCUCAAUGUGGUGCAUGGAAAUUUUUUGUCACUUCCUUGGGACAGGUUUACACCUGGCGUUGGUGAUGUCGAGUUCAUGGUCAGGGUUGUUGAUCAGUAUUUACCAGACAGUCAUCUGUUUUUGGGCAGUGUCUUCAGUUCAGUUAACUGGGGGCUUUGGAUCACUGACGUAUUAAAUUCACAGCCGUUGGUUGUUACUGCUAGGAUGCAUGUCUGUGUUCUGAAUCUAAUGGUUAAGCUGUCGAAUGAACCUAAUGUCCGUCAGAAUGAUAAAGCAAUUCAAAUAGUAAUAGACGCUGAAAAAUUCGCUUGGUACUUGGUUGAUGCAACGGCCUAUGAUCAAGUGAUAAACUGGCACGUGAUGAGCUGUGAUCCACGAGUUAUUCUAUCUUAUCCUGGGGAUCAAGUUCAUCCGAUUGACGUUGCUAUUAAUAAUCUCUUGAAAGUGGUGGCGGCCUAUGACCCAUCGGUGACACACUUCCACCCAACGACCCUGAAAAAACGCCAAAUGUACGUGCGCUCGUCUGUGAAACUCCUCGUGAAUUGCACAACAAGGCACAAGUCACUGGUAUCAACGAAUAUGAAGGCUUUCACAUCGGCAUUAUCGAGAAUGCUCAGUGAAAUGGAGAUGGUGAUAACUAGCACAGUAUCAGAGGCUCAGCAAGCAGCUGAGGCUGGUCUUCUCGUCACCGAGCUCCUGCAUUCGGUCAAUCAGAGUGGAGUUUUGGUGGAGCAGUUGAGAACAAGUUGGGCAAAUUGGCUGGCUGACAAGACUGCCUCAUCUCCAAUUCUCCUGGGUAUCCUGAGGGUCAUUGGAAUUGCUGUCGCCUCACCGUCGACCCUGGGGGAGAUCAUGGAGGCAGCUCUUGGGGCUUAUUUCAAUCACAGUGUUACGGACGAUCUGGAUCCAACGUGGAUCACUGUCCUGGGAAUUUUACAACCUGUUGUGCCCAGGCAACCACCUGUCGAGGGAGUUCUCGUAGCGGAGGGUAGACUUCUGUCGCUUUAUGCUGUUUUGAUGAAGAGACUUCCCUCCUGCAGGGAUAUCAGGGAAGAGGGCAUGAUGCUGGUCAAUUUGAUUGAUUGGAUUUCAGCUAUUAAACCGAUGGAGAAUAUUGAAUCGAAAUUACCUUUAUUAUGGGCGAAAGCAUUUGAAUUAUCGUAUCGUCAGUGUCAAUACAGUGAGAAUACGAUAAUAGCAGCACGUUCCCUGAAAAAACUUGCUCGUGCCUUAUUAACAAUGGCCGAUGACGUGGGUCAAGGCUGGGGAAUUCUGGGUGCUAUUGGCAUCAGAAAAGGCUCACAGCUUUCGAUCAGAUGCAAGUUUCUAGCACGUGCACUCGGUGUUUACUGCCUCGCACAGCUGCCAGAUUCAAAAUCGGAGCAGCAAAUCGUACGUUUCACUCCUCAUUCACCUGGUAUUGCACCGCUCAGGAGCAAUGAGGUGGAUACACUCGAGAUAAGGCCUAAUGCUGAUGCUGUCAAGGGUAUUCAGUGCCUUGAAGCACUUAUUUGCAAUAAACAAUAUGCGGAAUUGAGGGGAGAUGUCGAGGCGGCUCUUAGAAUAAUCAGGGACUCGGCUAAUUCACUUCAUAACGCUGUCAAUAUCACUGGAACACUCACUAAUGAACUGUACAAUGACAGGUACCUUCGUGUCUUGACGGAUUAGUUUUUCACGCGAAUUCAAAAUUUAUUCGGUAGCCGACGGGCAAAACGGUUUGAGUUGGUAAGUUUAAAUAUAUUUUAUAGAGAAAUUAUAAUUUUUUGCGGCCAUUUCUAUUAAAUAUGUAGUUUUUAAAUUAUUAUUUAAUAGAGAUAUGCCUAUGGAUUUUUAUUUUUCUAUAUGAAUUAUUCGCUUGCGAUUGAAUGCGAAAUCGACUGGAAUCGUUUAAACUCUGAAGUAUUGGAGUUAUCAUUUUGCAAACGCUAAUUUUCAUAUUUGUCCAACUUUUUCCAAAGGAAAAUAUUUUUUUUUUCCAUUUGAGAAAUGAAAUUCAGUGAUGAAAUUGGGAAUGUGAAUGACUUGAUUCCAGCCUAAAUGGUUUUUUGCAGAGAAUUGAUUUUCUUUUUUCUUUUGAAUCUUUUGCAAACAGAAAAUUGAGAUUUUAUUUCUUUUCUGUAGAUUAAGACUUGUUUUUCGUUACCUAGUCAGUAAAAUGUAGUUUUUUUUUUUUCAUUACUCCUUCAUUAUUUCGCGAAGUCAUGAAAAUUAUUUUUAUUGAAGUGAUUAUAUCAAGCAGAAAUGCAAUUUGGAGUUUUUUUUUUAUGAAAAAAUCUAUAUUUUGGUUCUGAAAAGUUACAGCUUGUACAGAACAAAAAGUACUGGACAAAAUUAAUUUUGUAUUGCUUGGCCUUAAUCUAGGCUGUGAUGUUAUUUAGAGUUAAAUGAACGUUUAAGCUGUAAACAGUUAUUUUAUUUUUGAUGAGAUGUGGGCUAGAGCUGAGAGUAUAUUGGAUAUUUAUUGGGGAAUUAUCUGAGCUGCUGAAAAAAUAUUCUUUCUAUGUUAUGUGGAGAAUCCCCAGAGAUCUAUCAUUAAAAUGAAUAAAAUGAA